GGACACAUUUACCCGGUGCACUUUCAGAAAGAAGCGCCGCAUUCUCACAUUUUAUGAAGUGUGGUUAGACAGAUGGCGUCUACAAAAGUUCCAGAGGUUCGUGACAUCACACGAAUUGAGAGAAUCGGGGCCCAUUCUCACAUUCGUGGUCUCGGCUUGGAUGAUGCUUUGGAGCCAAGACAGGUGUCUCAGGGGAUGGUUGGCCAGCUGGCCUCCCGUCGAGCUGCAGGGAUCAUCUUGGAGAUGAUCAAAGAUGGCCACAUUGCUGGUAGGGCAGUGCUGAUCGCUGGCCAACCUGGCACUGGAAAGACUGCCAUUGCGAUGGGCAUAGCUCAGUCUCUUGGCCCUGAUACACCGUUUACAGCACUGGCUGGCAGUGAGAUCUUCUCCCUGGAAAUGAGCAAAACUGAGGCACUGAGCCAAGCUUUUAGAAAAGCCAUUGGUGUGAGGAUCAAAGAAGAAACGGAAAUAAUUGAAGGAGAGGUUGUGGAAAUCCAGAUUGACAGACCUGCCACUGGAACGGGUGCUAAAGUGGGCAAGCUAACUUUAAAGACCACUGAGAUGGAGACAAUAUACGACUUGGGGAAUAAGAUGAUUGACAGUCUCAGCAAAGAAAAGGUUCAAGCUGGAGAUGUUAUUACCAUUGACAAAGCCACUGGAAAAAUCAGCAAAUUGGGACGUUCUUUCACCAGAGCCAGAGACUAUGACGCCAUGGGAGCUCAGACCCAGUUUGUACAGUGUCCUGAGGGGGAGCUGCAGAAGAGGAAGGAGGUGGUGCAUACAGUGUCCCUCCACGAGAUCGAUGUCAUCAACAGCCGCACACAAGGCUUCCUGGCUCUGUUCUCCGGGGACACCGGUGAGAUCAAGUCCGAAGUCCGUGAACAGAUUAAUGCCAAAGUGUGUGAGUGGAGGGAAGAAGGGAAGGCCGAGAUUAUUCCCGGGGUGUUAUUUAUUGAUGAGGUCCAUAUGCUGGACAUGGAGUGCUUUUCCUUCCUGAACCGUGCCCUGGAGAGCGACCUGUCCCCCGUUCUCAUUAUGGCGACCAACAGAGGCAUCACUCGGAUCCGGGGCACGAACUACCAAAGCCCUCACGGCAUCCCCAUCGACCUGCUGGAUCGGCUGCUCAUCAUCGCCACCUCCCCUUACACUGAAAAGGAGACGAGGCAGAUCCUCAAGAUCAGGUGCGAGGAGGAGGAUGUGGAGCUGAGCGAAGAAGCCCACACGGUCCUCACUCGCAUUGGCAUGGAGACGUCGCUGCGCUACGCCAUCCAGCUGAUCAGCACUGCAGGUCUGGUGUGCCGGAAACGCAAGGGGACAGAAGUGCAGGUGGAAGACAUCAAAAGGGUUUACUCUCUGUUCCUGGAUGAGGCCAGAUCCUCUCAGUACAUGAAGGAGUACCAGGACUCCUUCCUCUUUAAUGAAACACAAGCUGCUGCAAUGGACACCUCAUAAGGAAGAAGACAGCCUUUUCUGUGAAGUGUUACUGUUUUUAGCCAUUGAGUCUGUUCAGAACUGGGUUACAUUCAGAAUUGAAGACAGGUUUGCCCUUUUGAUUCUCCUUUGAAUUCUAACUUUUGAGAUUCGAAUCCAUCCUGAAUUGACUGUUCAUCGAGGCCUUGUGGCAGGAACUCCCAUUCCUCUGUUCCUCAAUUUUCUUUCUUUUUUUUUUUUUUGCUUUGACUUUACAUGGUUUACGUUUUGAAAAUAAUUAAACAGCCUUUUUACAAUC